GUGAGCUUGAUUUUAAGCACCAUUUUCUUGAUGGAACCAGAAUAUAAAUGUAUUCCUUUGAUGAUAACUUAUGUUACGACCGUCGAUUUUUGUAGAUUUUUUAUUUUACCACCUGACCAAGAUGAUCAUAACCUUGUUGUUAUUUUAACAUUGUGUGUCAUCGUCAUAAGUUUUAAAAAAUAACGUUACGCAAGUAGUUAAACUGAAUAUAAUGCAAUAGAAAUAUCUGUCUCAACAUCUUUAUUAUUAAUGGGGGGAUAGAAAGAUCAAAUAAACUAUACUUUUAAAAGUUAACAAUUUGAAUAACAACCAGACUAUUGGAAGGAAUUAUUGAUCAAGAAUCGUCAUGGCUUCAUAUGGUAAAGGGGAAUUUGAUGGAAUUGAUUCUUCCUACCAAUCAAGUCGUGGAGGUGUGGAUAAUACUUCAGAUCAUAACAGAUUGUCUCAAAGAGUUGGAAAUGGAAUACAAAAAAUCACACAAAAUGUUGGGAAGAUUAAGAAAUUUGUUGGUGCUUUGGGCACUCAUUCUGAUACAGAUGAACUUCGGGAGAACCUUCAUGAUACCAUUUCAAAUACCAAAAGAAUAGCAGAGGAAACAAACAAAACUAUAAAAGAAUAUGCCCGUCAACCAGCCCCUUCAAAUGUUGAACAGGCUCGACAGUUCAAAAUGCAAAAAGAAAGAUUAGCAGAAGAAUUUGGUACAGCACUGAAAGAAUUUCAAGGUCUGCAACGUACAGCAGCAGAAAAAGAAAAAGCUAGUGUAAAGAGAGCAAGGGCACAAUCUGGUUUAGAUGAUAAUUAUGGUAUAAACAGUCCAACAGAUAGUCAGGCACAUGUACCAGGUUUUUCACAGACAAGACAGGUUUUAGAGAUGGAACAGGACGUUGAUUUAGAUAUAAUCAGAGAAAGAGAGCAGUCCAUCAAAAAAUUAGAGACAGAUAUAACUGAUGUCAAUCAGAUAUUUAAAGAUUUGGGUAUGUUGAUUCAUGAACAAGGAGAAGUUUUAGAUAGUAUCGAAGCUAAUAUAGAUAGCUCACACAUCAAUGUACAGGAAGGAACUCAACAACUCAGUAAAGCUAGAAAUUAUCAGUCAAAAGCAAGGAGAAAAAAAUGUAUAUGUUUAAUAAUUUUCCUAGUUGUUCUGAUAAUAAUUGGCAUUAUAGUUGGUGUAACUGUAGGAAAGAAUAAUUAGACUUCCAUUUUAAAGUAAAUCACGACGUAAGAUGUUCAUCAUUCUAGUGAUACUAAUUAUUGUUAUCAUUAUCCUUAGUCUCAUUAUUUGGGGCACAACACGAUAACUAGAAUGUCUAACAUUUUACCAGAAGAAAUAAUAUGCAUGGAAGAAGACUAAACUCGACUUGGUGUCAUAGCGGCCAGUUUUCAUUCAUUUGAUGCCAAUUAAUUUUGAAUUUUUGUCAUUCAUAAUGUUUCCUUUGUCACAUAGUAAGGAUGAUGCUUACAGUGAUUAUCUCACCAAUGUUUUAUUCUACAAAAUUCCUUGCUGGUGUCAAGAAAUUAGCAUGAAUUCAAACAAACGAAAAUCUUUUAAAAGAAAAUAUUUCUUUUUUAAUAAAAGAUGCAUGUGUAUGCUAUGGUCUCAGGAUUAUAAUUAUAUGUCAAAUUGAGCUAAAAUGAAGCUCAAACCAUAUUUACAGAUCUUUAUUGUAAACUUGGUAUUCUAUAUUUAUAUGUGUCUAUUCAUUAUUAAGUACCUUGAAGUAAUUCUACACAAUUAUUUAUCAUGAUAUAGCAGAUAAAGAUGUUAACAAUUGAUAGAAAUUUAACAGAAACAUAAUUUGAUGUUUUAUUUAUACACAUUAUUUGAUUCAGGAGUAAAAAGUAAGGCUAUUCUAAUUAGAUUAUCUUUAAGGGGGGGGGGGACCACUUUUAAUAAUGAUCUGGUCUUUCAGGUGGUAAAUAGGAAUUGAAUUCUAUUAGUAGAGGCAGAGGUAUGCUUGAAAAAAUGUUCAUGUUUUACAUGCUGUUUUUAGAACAAUUAUACCAUACUUUUUUGGUUAGAGGUUCUAUUACAGAACACACAGCAUUAUAGCAUAAUUAUUUGUUAAGUGUUAUUAAGGCUAUUACAAUGACUUUAUGUUAAUUGAAUAUUAGAAUAUAGAGAAAGUCUUGUACUGUAUUAUAGAAUGUGCAUAUUGUUUCUUAGAAUUUGGGCUAUAUAUUUAUCCCAUAGUUUCUUUAUUGAGCUCAAUCUAAAUAUAAGAGCCAUUUAUAACAUUUAAAAUCAUUCUUGUUUGAAAUUUAUGUUACAACUUGGUCAUUAUUGGUUAAAAUUCUUAUCAGGAAAAAUAUUAGAACUAGGACGUAAUGUAUGAUAAUUCUGAAACCAAAGAAUUAAUGGUUCUAGGGCAUCAGUUUUUUUAUACUCAGGUCUGACAGAUGUACCGAACGCCUCGUCGUCUGAACAAAUUUUAAUGAGUUUUACCCUUGGAAUAAUUUAGAUAAAAAGGGACCCAUCCUCCUAAAGUUAUUUUGAUUUGAUUUUUGUAACUUUCUAUUAUGAAAUUAAAAAUAAGCAGAAAGAAUAUUGCUAGCCCAUACCAGAACGUCAGGAUUAAGUUGGGGAAAAUUUGAUAUUAAAAAUGAAAAUGACGCACAGAGACUUUAAUUGCCUGAGAACCAAAUAUAUUUCUUUGUGGGCUUAUGUUUUACGGUAUUUUGCCAUUUAUGUCAUAUAAUCUUUUCCGUAAACAAUACACAUUUAGUAACAGAUUUUCUCCACCAUGAUUUUUUUAUACGCCCACAUUUUCAUGUGGACGUAUAUUGUCGUCGCCCCUGUCCAUCCGGACGUCCGUCCGUCCACAAUUGUUUGUGAACAGUCUACACGUCAUAAUUUUUAUCCGAUUUCAAUGAAACUUGAAAUAUAGGUUUAUCACCCUAAGAUCUCGGUUCCUUUCCAUAUUGGCAUCUAUCGGACCGUAAAUUCAUGGAUUAUGGCCCCUGAUUGUACGAAAAAUCACAUUUUUGGCUUGUGAACAUUGUAGAGGUCACAAUUUUUAUCCGAUUUUGUUGAAACUUGAAAUGUAAGUUUAUAACCCAAAGAUCUCGGUUCCUUUCGAUAUUCGCACAUAUCGGACCGUAACUUCUUGAAUUAUGGCCCCUGAUUGCACGUAAAAACACGUUUCUUGGCUUGUGGACCCUAUAGAGGUUAUAAUUUUUAUCCGAUUUAAAAAAACGUAUUAUUAUAUCACCGUUAAACCCUAAGGACGGUUGAGUUCAAUUUCGUGAAAAUCGGCCCAAAACUGACAGACAAAAUGGCCGCCGUUCGUUCUCAAAUAGCGUAAAAAUAUGGUAUAUCAAGGUUGUGGACCCUAUAGAGGUCACAAUUUUUAUCCGAUUUUGUUGAAACUUGAAAUAUAAGUUUAUAACACAAAGAUCUUGGUUCCUUUCGAUAUUGGCGCAUAUCGGACCGUAACUUCAUGAAUUUUUAUCCGAUUUAAAAAAAACGUAUUAUUAUAUCACCGUUACACCCUAAGGAUGACUGAGUUCGAAUUUCGUGAAAAUCGGCCCAAAACUGACAGACAAAAUGGCCGCCCCUCGUUCUCAAAUUGCAUAAAAAUAUGGUAUAUCAAGGUUGUGGACCCUAUAGAGGUCACAAUUUUUAUCCAAUUUUGUUGAAACUUAAAAUGUAAGUUUAUAACUCAAAGAUCUUGGUUCCUUUCGAUAUUUGCGCAUAUCGAAUUGUAAUUUCCUGAAUUAUGGCCCUUGAUUGUAGGAAAAAUCACUUUCGUUUUAGCUUGUUUUCUAUCCAUCUCUCGAAAAUGUGGGCGUAUCCUGCCUGGCAGCCGCUGGUUUAAACAUAACUUGGAUAAUAAUAGUUUGUUGAUGUAAGAUGUAGAUAAAUAUAAUAUAUAGAUACAUGUAUAUAGAGACUAUAUUGUUUUAUUAUUGUAUUUAAAACCAAUUGUACAUUAUACAGCUGCUUUCAUUUCUAUGGUAACAUAUAUUGGUUGAAAGACUAACUUCUGUUACAACAUUAUCACAAAUCUACUUCAUUUCACCUUUAUGCUUCACUACUCUAGGUUUUUAAGAACAGUUUAAAGUGACCUGAUGGGCUUCAGUUGUCAAUUGAGUAGCUCUACACACUGUAACUAAAUAUGGAUUGAAUUCAGCUUAUCAUUUAAAAUUAAUUGUAACGGUGAAAGUUGGCCAGAAUUAUCUAAAUAUCUUGACUGCUUUAUUAAUAUUUAUAAAGAAAACUCAGAAGACAAAUAAAACUGUCCAGAGUAGUGAAAUGUCUAAGCAAGACACACAUGUGCAAGGUUUACAGCAUGUACAAUGUGAGUUUACUUUAGACUUUACUGUAAGUAAGAACAACCUAUAUUUAAAGUUGGUGCAAAAUGAAAUUUCAACAGUUGAAAGUAACUAAAAUAUAACUCAUAAAUUACACCUCCUUAGUAUUUAAUUGUUAAUCAUGAAUUCAAUACAACAGUACUAAGAUCAAAGUUUUCAUUAUUUGGUGUAUCAGAUUCUUGCUAUCAUUAUUAUAGUAUUAUUAAACAUAAACUGUAUAUAGAUAUGCAUAUUAUCAAACUAAAAUCUUUAUGUUAUGUUAAUGUUUGUUUUGCUAUGAAUUCAAAUUUAUUUAAUUUAUGCUUGUGAUCAUAUUUAUUCAUAUUUGUCUAAUUUAAACUAUAAAAUUCAUUACAUUUCCCUUAUUUUCUAUUUAAUCCACAUAGAGCCUGUCAGGAUUAUUUAAUAUAUUCUUUUGAACUUUGAUUACAAUUACAAAAAAAAGCACAGUACACGCAUAUUCUACAAUUCUAUCUACAUCUAUCAAACACAAAGAAUUUAAGACUACAAUGUUUUGCUCAGUUUAAAUGCAAAGUGCAGUAUAUAUGUCCAUUUUAGUCAUUUUGAGUAAAAUGUAUUUUAUGUUGGUUAUUGAAUUUGAACAACUGAUUCUUAAUGUGUGAUGAAAUACUUACUAUAAAAUACUUACAUUGACCUCAUAUAUUUCACUGUGUCAUUAGCUCAUAUAGAGUUAAUAUUUGCUUCUUAAAUUUCUUCAUUCUUACCUAUAUUCAGUCAAUCAUCUGCUGCUGAUCAACAAGUAAGCAGCUUAUAUGAGCAGUAGUGGUGGCAUCUAGGGUAUGGUUUUACUGUAUAAAGUAAUGUGCACCCUCUAUUGUAGGUAAUGUACAAUCUACGAGUCUACAGCAACUCAUACUUUCUGGCAUUUGUAGUCCCAAUGAUGUAUGCAGGCAUAUUAAAAAUUGAGAUCUAAUCUUUCCUUACUUAGUUUAUUUUGGUUUAAAAGUAUCAUCAAAACUUUUGUAAGAAUUAUAAAUAACACAAUGUAUGUUUUAUAAUGGAUGUAAUUAUUUAUGAAUAUUCAAUACAUAGAAAUUGAAUAUAUUGUUUUUUGUUAGCAAUCUCCAAAUAAAUAACACUGUAAUCCA